AUGGGACCAGCUGCUGUAAUGACACCCAAGUCAGUCACGUCAAUGUUAGUCACCUCUGAGUCGACACUUGAACAGUCCCUGUCAAAAUUCUGGGAGUUGGAGGAGCCACCCCAUAUACACAAUUUGAGCCCAGAUGAAAUCCACGCAGAAAGAAUAUUCACAUGCUCGGUGAAACGUCUGGCCUCUGGUCGAUUUAGCAUUGCACUACCAUUGAAACAUCCUCGCCCAAUCCUCGGAGAUUCUCGGAGCAUGGCUCAAACGCGAUUUCGGUACUUGGAACGCCGAUUGUCGCAAAAUGAAGAGCUUUCCCAACAAUAUAAGGAGUUCAUGAGAGACAACCUUGUGAGUCAACAUAUGGAGGUAGUCCCGACGAAUCAAAUAAUGACUCCAUAUUGCUACUACAUCCCACACCACUGCAUCAUGCGUCCCGAGAGUAAGACAACUAAACUCCGAGUCGUCUUUGAUGUAUCUGCUGUGACCACCACGGGACAAUCACUCAAUACCAACUUGUACACAGGUCGCAAGCUUCAACAGGACUUACCACGUAUUCUGAUCCGUGCCCGAGUACACCAGGUUCUGUUUACAGCUGACAUCAAGCAAAUGUAUAGACAAAUUGAAAUUCAUUCUGAAGACCGUGAUUAUUUACGGAUUCUUUGGCGAUUUGAACCUGAUGAACCAAUAACAGAAUACCGUCUCUGUACAGUAACAUAUGGUACCUCUUCUGCUCCACAUCAAGCAUUGCGAACCUUACAACACCUAGCGAAGAUCGAGGCGACAACAUUCCCCAUCGCUGCUCAGAUCCUCAUGCAAGACACAUUUGUGGAUGAUAUACUCACGGGGGCCGAUUCUCCAGAAGCAGUUUUAGUGCAACAAUCACAAUUAAUUGCUCUAUGCAAACAAGGCCAAUUUCAACUUUGGAAAUGGGCCAGCAACUCUCCCGUGAUCCUUCAGGCUGUAUCGGACAAUGAGCGCUCCAUGUCGACUGAUGUACUAUUCGACGAUGAGCUGGAGGCUGGGCUGAAAAUCCUCGGGAUGCAAUGGAAUCCAAAACAAGAUAAUUUCUCUUACAGCUUUCAGUGUAGCACCCGAGUCUUCUGCCGAGGACACAUCGAUUUACUCACUUGCUAA